UUCAGAUGCUAUUCUUCAAUUCUCGCGAAUUAGUCUAGAGAGCUGCCAUUUUUUAUAAUUCAUCAACAUUACAUCAAUUAAGUUCGUUUGGAUUGGGGGAGAAACAUAGAAACAAAGAACAAAGUAUCAAACAUCAAAUUACGAGCAAGAUGCCAAGAAAUCAGAUCAGGAACUAAAUUUUCCUAUAAAAUUUCUGAAAUAUAUAUGCAUAAGCACAAUUAAACUCUCGAACCAAAACACACAUCCAAAUCCUCAACUACACAGAAGAAGAUUGAAUUGAAGGAAAGGAACAGAGCAUCUCUUAGUCUCUGCACAUUUAACUCGAAAUACAAGUGAUUGAGUGAAGAGGAGAAUACAAGUGAUUGAGUGAAGGAGAAAGACAACUACUAUCCCAUUUAGCGAGAGUAAAGAAAAGAGAACAAAGAGACCAAUAGCUGAAUCACUUCAAUCAGUUUCUGCCAAAUGGCGUUGGCUAGUCGAUUGCGAUCCACCAUCCCCGUCCUCAGCAAGUUUUUGAGAAAUGAAUCGUCCUGCACUCCGGUACUGCUCUCAAGGACUUAUGCCGCUACAUCAGGGAAACAUGAACAAAAGGUGAAGGUGCCUCUUGCUUUGUUUGGAGGGUCUGGAAACUAUGCCUCUGCUUUGUAUAUAGCUGCAAUAAAAGCUAAUUCUCUAGACAAGGUGGAGUCUGAGCUUUUUAACCUCGUUGAGGCUAUUAAGAAAAGUCCUAUAUUUGCUCAGUUCACAAUGGACCUGUCAGUUCCAGCGGAGACUAGAGUUAAAGCUAUCAAUGAAAUUUCUGCUGAAGCAAAAUUUUCAGACGUUGUUAAGAACUUUUUGGUUGUGUUGGCUGAGAAUGGGAGGCUGAGAUAUAUAGAUAGCAUAGCAAAGAGAUUUUUGGAGUUGACUAUGGCUCAUAAGGGAGAAGUUAAAGCAGUUGUUACAACUGUUAUUCCCAUUCCACCACAAGAAGAGAACGAACUGAAGGAGACAUUGCAAGAUAUUAUUGGACAAGGCAAGAAGGUUAAGCUCGAGCAAAAGAUUGAUCCCAGCAUACUUGGUGGUCUAAUUGUAGAAUUCAGCGAGAAAGUAUUUGACGUGUCUAUUAAAACCCGGGCACGUCAAAUGGAGAGGUUCUUGCGCCAACCUGUUACUCUUGAUGGCCUCUAGAAGGAUGUUUAACUUCUGUGUCACAAUGUCAUCAUCCGAAGCUAUUUGACAUCUUUUUUUUCUUUUUCCUCGAUUAUUUUUGUUGCAUUUUUACCUCAACUUGAUAUGAUGGUACACCACCAUCUAGAUGGAAAUAAGAGUUUCAGCUUUUUAUGUAGAUUAUAAUCUUGUAAGAGUUACUUGGUUUAAGAGUAUCUUAUUCCUGGAUACUAAGUUUACUCCCAAAUAACGACCAGUCUAACGUUAUCAACAGAGUCUUGGCUUCA